UUCUCGGCUUCGACUGAGGUUGUUUGCCUAACAAAGAAAAUAUCUUUAAUCAUAAUGGAAGAAGACCUUCCCAAUUCAUUUGAUGUAAUUGUCAUUGGUACUGGAUUAACGGAAUCCAUCGUAGCAGCCGCUGCGAGUCGAAUUGGCAAAACAGUUCUGCAUCUGGACACCAAUGACUACUACGGUGGUUACUGGGCUUCGUUCAACCUUGAAUCAUUCCGAAAAUAUAUGUUGCUCAAAGAGCACAACAGCGAACGUGAAGAUAAAACGGUACUGACAGGGAUCAAUAAUUUUCUUCCCUUGUGCUCACAUUCAACAAUCGUACGAAAUGGAAAAGAAAAAUGGUUCAAUUUCGACGAAAACGGUGAUGUAGAUGGAUGGAAUCAAACACGAAUUGAACAGGAGUUUCGUAGGUUCAAUAUCGAUCUCACUCCGAAACUACUCUAUGCUCGGGGCUCCAUGGUGGAAUUGUUGAUAUCAUCCAAUAUAUGUCGCUAUACUGAAUUUCGUGCACUAGAUCGAGUCGCCACAAUCUGGGAUGGCAGGAUCAUGACAGUUCCAUGCUCCCGUUCAGAUGUUUUUAUCAGCAAGGAUGUAAAUGUGAUUGAAAAACGGCUUCUAAUGAAGUUCCUUCAAAGCUGUACUUCGUACGAUGAAACCGUCGAUACCACCAUCCUACAAGACGAUAUAGAUCGAAAAACAUUUUUGGAACACUUGCAAAGUCACAAAUUAACGCCGAAUCUUAUCCAUUAUGUGCUAUACGCUAUUGCUAUGGGAAAUGACCGUACUCCGUGUCGUGAAGGAUUAGCAGCAGUGAAGAAAUUUUUGAUGAGCCUCGGACACUACGGAAACAGUCCAUUCCUUUUUCCUGUGUACGGUUGUGGCGAAAUACCGCAAUGUUUCUGUCGGCUUUGUGCCGUUUUUGGUGGAAUUUAUUGUCUAAGUAAAGCAGUUAAAGGUAUUAAUUUUGAAACCACUGAGAACGGGAUAAAAUACGAAUCGGUCAAUUGUGAAGAGCAAACUAUCAGGUCGAAGUACUUGAUAGUAGGACAAGGUUACUUAUCACGAGAAAUGUUCAUAAAUAGCACGACUACUGCACGUGAAACGCAAAAAAUAUGCGGUAUGCUUGCUCGUGCAGUGAUAUUGACCAAUGUGCCUUUAGGUGGAACAUCUCAGAAUACUGGUGGCGGAGGUGUGGCAAUAUUAAAACUGCCUCCCACGAACAAUCAUAAAGAUGGAGCUACCAUACUUCAGAUGUCUCACACUAGUGGAACAUGUCCAAAAGACAUUUAUCUGAUUCAUGUAACGACUAUAGCUGUAACAGAAAAUCCUGAAGCAGAUCUAAGACCAUAUAUUUCACAAAUCCUUAGCGAUGAUUUUCCAUCACCGAAUGAAGAAAGUGUACAAAAGGAAAAUACUACUUCAACCAUACUUUAUGAAGCUUAUUUCAACAUUCCCAAUUGCGGUUUUUGUACUGAAACUAAGGUUUCGCUUCCAUCUGGCAUGCAUCUAUCAUGUGGACCCUACCACGAACUUGACUAUGACGAUAGUAUAUUACAAGCUAAAAGCAUUUUCAAUGAAUUGUAUCCUGAAGAACUCUUCCUUCCGCGGGCUCCAGAUCCGGAAGAAAUUAUUAUUGAAGAGGAAGAACCAGCAAUAGAGCAAUCAUAUACAUUGAAAGACAAUACCAGCGACUCCGUCGAUAGUACCAAUGUUUGUCGUGAAACAGAAAUAGACACUGUAUUGGCUCAGGAAGCAAAGGAAGAUUCAAUUGAUAAAGCGGAAGAGUGUGUUGAAAAGAUAAAAUGAAAAAAUCCUAAGAAUGUAGAAGCAAAACUGCCAGCUAUACACAAUAGAUGAAUUUAUAUGCUUAUGGCUUUUGCUGCAUCAUCGCGAAUGCUCAAAUAAAGUGUGCGUUUUGGCAUUGUGCAAUAAA